AUGCCUAUAGAGACGAAACUCACAAAGUUGCUCGGCAUCCGAGUGCCCGUGGUACAAGGAGGCAUGCAAUGGGUCGGCGUGCCCAAGCUGGUCGCGGCAGUGUCAAAUGCGGGGGGGCUAGGCGUCAUCACCGCCCUCACCCAGCCUUCUCCGGAUGCGCUCCGGAAGGCCAUCCAGGAGACGAGGACGCUCACGAAGAACAACUUCGGCGUGAACAUCACUCUGCUGCCCAGCAUCACCCCGCCAGAUUACGAAGGCUAUGCACGUGCGGCAGUCGAAGAGGGCGUCCGGAUAUUCGAGACCGCGGGUAACAACCCGGGCCCUCUCAUCAAAUACUUCAAGUCAAAGGGCUGCAUCGUGAUCCACAAGUGCACGACGAUCCGACAUGCCAAGUCUGCGCAGCGUCUCGGUGUUGAUGCCUUGAGCAUCGACGGAUUCGAAUGCGCGGGCCACCCCGGAGAAGAGGACAUCGGCGGACUUGUCCUGCUCGCGCGCGCUGCGCAAGAGCUUGAUAUCCCGUUCAUCGCCUCCGGAGGCUUCGCUGAUGGUCGAGGCCUGGCAUCCGCACUGGCACUCGGAGCAUGUUGUACUGACGAGACAUCCACAGGCACGCGUUUCAUGUGCACAGUUGAGAGCCCGAUCCACCAGAAGAUCAAGGAGAAGCGGGCGCUCCGAGAUUGCUUUGUGCCAGAUGGAGAGACUGGCAUUGACGUCGUUUUGGGAUCUAAGGAGCACUGGGAGAGCACUCGGGGACUCACAGGUGGGUGUCGGCGGCGAGGGAGCGCAUCUGGGCCUUCCGCGGAGUCAGGCGAGGGAGACGAUUUGAGGCAGACUGGUCGUGUACAGUACAGUAGAAUACAGUAG